GAAGGAGGAUGAGGAAGUGGCUGGAGCAGGACUGCACUUUGAGAUGUAGCGACCCACACACCAAUACACCAGCAGCUGUCAGGAGAUUACUAGCUAGGCAGCUAGAUAAUAGUAAUAUUUGACAAUGCGAUGGGUAACUGCUGGGCAUACUGUGUCGGGCUCUUCAGGAGAGAAGCCAACAGGAUCCAGAGAGGAGGCGGGUCAAAAUACUUCAGAAGCAGUACCACAGGGGAGCAUUAUACAAUAGAGUUUGAAAAUCUGGUAGAGAGUGAUGAGGCUGAGAGCCCACAGCCCUGCCCGAGGCCCAUCAGUGAAGAUGAGAUCAAACACCUCAAAGAGCACCACUACACUGCGAUCUCAGACCAGCAGAUCCUGAUAGACCAGAAGCUACAAGUGGAGUUAGAGGAACAAGAGGAGAAGUUGAGGCUAGAAGAGGAGGCUAGAAAUGCCGCCCAGCGCGAGGCCGCCAGGUUGGCACGUGAACGAAAAAUGAAGGAGCAGCUGUCUGCCCAGAGGACACGGGGGAAAGCAGAUGGCUCCGGCGGUGAAACUCAGCAAAGAAAACAAGCCUCUGGAGAGGAUUUUGACGUCUACCUCCAAAAUGUAAAAGCCCAGUCAGAAGCUUUCAGGGGCAACAGACUGCCAUCUGACACCAACGUGGUGACUCCCAACACAGAGAGCAGCUGGGACUUCACCACCAAGACCCGCUCCACCAAUGAUGACGGGACCUCACUGGAUCUAGAGUGGGAAGACGAGGAAGGAAUCAAUCGUGCACUUCCAGCCUGGGAGAGGUCUCGGACGGAGGAGGACAUCCUGCGCGCAGCCCUGAGGCCCGGGAGCAAGCAGAUGAACAGCGGGCCGACCUCGGCCUCCGAGGACUCCAAUGCACUGGAGUGGGAGAAUGAUUUUGUGAGUACCCUUCCAGAGGACAGCGCAGAUGCUGAGUUUGAAGGAUUUGUCAAUCCUGUCCUAGACACUCCCUCUGAGGACGCCUUGGACCGCGGCCUCAGGUUGGACAACCAGGACAGAUAGUGUCCGGCACCAAAGGAGACAUUUGUUGUGUCCUCUUCAUGUCAGAGCUCACCAGCUUUUUGUCUCAUGAAAUGGAAAACUUCUGAACACCCGCUUCAUAUUUGUAAUAUGAGACUCUAAUGCUGCGGGAAUAUGUUGUGUAUGUCUACACUACAGAACAGAACAGCGUAGUGGUGUUUUUAUCAAAUUCUCAUUAUUUCAGUGCCUUCAUUUGCCGACCAUUUCUGCAUUGUAACUCAAACUGAUCACUUAGCAUCCAUUAGCAUUUGACACAGGGGAUACAUACAGAAAAUGCCAAGUUACUCUGAAGUGAAGCUUUAUUGCGAGAGCAGAUGGCUGCUUCAGGAGCGGUGUGUUUGGGAGAGGGGGGUCAUGGAGUUUAACUUAUUAUGUUGUACUUUUUAAAUCUCAGCAUGGAAAUUUGUCCUCUGCAUUUGACCUUAACUAUAAAUUUAUCAGCAGCAAACAGUCACUGUGCAGUGUCCAGGGACCAACUGCAGUUCUGAGGCCAGUGUUUUGGUCAGUGGUAAUGCCAAGAGUAUUCCAGCAUGUGUUCUGAUGCGUGAGAAAACCCACACACACACACACACAGAAAAACAUCAACAAACUACAGAACAAGUCCUCACUCAGCUCUCAGUCUAUCGCCUUAGUUUCAGCUCUGCACUUCAGUUUUACAAAGCUGUUGCAUGAUGGCAAAAAAGAAACUGAAUUCCAUACAGAGGUUUCUGAUUUAAAAAAAAAGGUAAAAUAUUAGACUAAACCAUUCGGAUUAAUCUGUAAUAAUCCAUAGACACGGGAUUGUUUCCUGUCUCCAGUUGCUCGGGGAGGUGAUGAGCUGUUAUUACCAUCUGACACAUGGAUUGAUGGCACAAACUAAUUUCAAUCCUACUUCUGUAUCAUUUUGCUCACUGUCUGAAUGACAGUGAUCACCUGGGUGCGCAGCACGUCAUCAAAGCAGCAGCACCCUCUAAUAAGGCAUGGAUUUUGUGAUUUGCUGGCAGUGCAUGCACUCUGAUGAGAAAGCAGUAAUCAGUGCAGUGACCCUGCUUCAGUCAAGCCUAAGAGUAAUAUUGCCAAUACGGGAACUGUCAAAUGCAAAUCUGCGUAACUAUAAUGAGCAUUUUCUCAUAUUUUAAUAGAUCAACAGCUAGGUGACAUUCAUUUGCUUUCAAAAAGGCUUUCAUAUCUGAUUAAAUGCUUGGGGCUAAGUGCCUGUUUCCACAUGGUGUUUUUUUCUCUAUUGCCAGUGUCUUUUUUUCAGUUGUUCCCAACAAGGAGAGUGUAUGCGGCUGCCUGCACUUAGGCUUUUUUUUGUGUGGCCGUGCGCUUCUGAUUCAAAAUCUCUUGUGUACCUUUAUGGUAAAUCCCAAGCUGUCAUCCACAAACUAUCGCAACAAAGACAGAAAAGCCCAUUUGUGGACGCAGAUCGGUCCGACACUGAAUGUUGCUGGAGAGUGUUGUGCUUUUAUUUCGGUAAGCUUGUCUUAAACUGUGUAGUCAACCCUCUGUUAACAUAGCAUCACGUUAGCGACCUAGCUAACAUUAAUGUCAGGAUAUUGUUGUCAUAGAAACAAAAUUCACGUGUAGUGCGUCAUUUAAAAAUGCGUUGGGAUGAAGCGCUCCCCAGCGCCCUGCCACUGCUUUUCUGCCAAAGAAAAAUGCAAUGUGGACACAGGCCCAACUGUCCACAAAAAUGCAUGCAAACACUUUCACUCUCCAUUUGUAGUAAUAUGUUCAGUAGUUUUAUGCUUGUAAAUACACACAUUUGACAGUAGGGAUGGGACGAUCUACAAUUUCAUUGUGAAUAUCGUAUCCAGCAGCGCCCAAAGAGACUGCUGGGCAACCAACAAUAAAACAGACAAACUGCACGCACACCAAACUCAAAACACAAAAAAAAUCAUAUCAAUCAUGAUUACCAGGAUAAUAUCGUAAAUUGCGGUUAUUUUGGCCAGGAUAACAGUGACAUUAAAAUUUUCAUCUUGUCUCAUGCCCAUCUGACAACAAGACACCUUUUGUAAAACGACACAGUCAAGCACAUACGAUAACUCCUCGUAAUAGGCCCUGUUGUCCAUCGCAGGCAGCUGCGUUUCAAACUGCCGUUUUUCUUCUUUUUUUGACACUUUGAUUUUAUUAGACAGUCUUUUUUACAUCAUAGACAAUAGCACAGAACAGUAACAUCAUUGCCAGGCACCAUGACAUCCACAUAUGACAUGGGUUAUUAAGGACAGCUGAUCUUUAUGCAUCUCUAAAUAAUUAGCAUAGCCACGACAGGCAAAGCAUACAGCAAACCACAAGGCACUUUCCUUAUUCCAACAAAUUAUUAUCUAAACUGGCCUCUUUCAUAGGUGGGCAGCUUCUCAUCAAGUUGUUCUCUGGUUCAUUGUCAUAACCAGGUUUCUGAAAACAGCCUGGAAUGCAUGGAACAAUUGGGAAAUUGAAAAAGUCCUUGCGUUUAAGAAGCUGCUGUAAGCAAUAUUUUGGCUGCUAUCCUCAGCCAAAAUACAUGUUAAACGUCACAAACCCAAACAGCUGGGGCAAAGCUAAAUUAUUAAACCGUUGAUGUUAAUUGCUCUAAAAUAUGGGGUAGAACAAUUGCAGAAUAUACAACAUAGGUGGAACGUAUCAGGGGACAAUCUUCAUUAAAGGGAUAGUGCACCCAAAAAUGAAAAUUCAGCCAUUAUCUACUCACCCAUAUGCCGAUGGAGGCCGUGGUGAAGUUUUAGAGUCCUCACAUCCCUUGCGGAGAUCGGCGGGGGGAGCGGCUAGCACACCUAAUGGCAGACGGCGCCCCAGACUUCAUUUCUGGGUUUUGGGUGCACUAUCCCUUUAAACACAAGUGCUGAUUUCUGAUUGGUUGCUGACAGUUGGUGUCCAGCAGGAGACAAUUCAGUUUAUAGUGCAAUGACUUUUUAUUUAAUCUGAUAUGAAAUCCAAACCUGUCACUCUGAACUAAAAACAUUCAUGAAUCAUAAUCUGAUUGUUUUUCACUGCUUAUAAUGAAAGCAAUAUUUUGUGGAGAUCGUGCGAGUCCGGAUGAAAAAAAGUUACCAAACAUGCAAACAUGACUCUGUGGUGUAAACUUUGUCAUGUCCCUACAUAGAUCCAAUGCUGCUCUCCCAGUGACUCUGCUGUAUACAUUCUUCUACUUCUUGUGCUUUUUAUAUCCUGAUGUUUUGACCCAUCACAUAGUGGGGAGAGUGUUUCACGUUGAUUACUGAAUCUGUUUGAAUCAAAAGUAGUUCACUGAUUGCACUCUAGUGUGUGAAUUUUUAAUUUGGUGUUCACAGCUUAGAAGACAUUCACUGAAAUGACUUACACGUGUGAAGGGGAAAUUGAUGUGAGAAAUGUGCACUGCUGUUGAAGUGUGUAGACGAGACACGAGGUGAUUUGCAGACAUUUUUACUUUUUAAUAUUUGAGUGUGUGAUUUCAAAAAAAUUUUGUUUUGAACACAUUUCAAUAUUAUGUUUUGCUGUGAUUAUAUGAUCUCUGAUUAAUCACUGUAACUCCCUGUAUAAAACUGUAACUUAACAUUCCUUGUUACACUGAGCCUGAGAGAAAAAAAUAAAAUACAGAGAAAAGUUUCGGGCAUCACAUACAGUCACUGUCAUGACCAAGUGUGUAAGGGGUAUUAAGGACAGCUGGGAUUGAUAGUGUUUUAUAACAGAAACAUCACCUAAAUCUAUAUCUUGUUAGCUCUUGCUGAAAGUACAUUUUUUAUGUGACUAAUUAUUUUCAAGGCGAUUUCAAACUGGCAAAAUGUUUGACUGUUUGUAGUGCACACACAUAAAGUGCAAGACUUAAGGGUGACAAAACAAAGUAAUUGGUGACUUUAGAGAACCAUAGGCAGCACCUAAACUACAUCAGAACGCUAAUUACAAAUCUGCAAAACAAAUUUAAAAAGUCAAAACUCUACAAGAGCUUUUGAUGUUCUACGAAGUUGAAAUAUCACUUUAACAAGUGUAUUAAAGGAACUCCUGUUAUUUUAAUUUCAUGAUGAAAACUGUUUUUCACAUGCCUCCACGAUGAACAAUGAGUGCAAAAAUGUCAGUCUUCAUGACUUGAGGUCAUUGGGGUCCGCGUUUAACAACAACAGCACAACUAUAUCAAAAUAUGUUUACAGAGUCUCACAACUUGUGCAGUAUAAUCCUCGUGACAUUUAUCCAGUCAGUUGUUUAGUUAUUCCCAGACACAUGCAUUAGCGCUAAAACUUUACGAUUUACGUGUCAGCAGUAUCACAUAACACGUUACCACCCGACAUUACCUGCUAUGACACAACAUGACCCUCAUCAUUUUAAAAUGCCUACUCAUUCUUCUGAGGUCAUUUUGGUGAAAGCAACACAAAUGUAGUGUAAUAAGUAACUUAAUACUCUACACAGAGAGUGGUAUUGUGAAGUAACGUAUUACUUUCACCUUAAGGUAACUAGUAAUAUGUAAUAUAUUACAUUUUGAGAGUAACUUGCCCAACACUGCAUGUCAGAACAAACAGUCUCACAUUGCAUGCAUUUGAACUCGUAGGCGUGUUAUAUUGUAACGUUUAGCAACAAAAUUAUGUUUGGGAAGUACUGAUUGGACCCCAACUACUUCAAUUCAUGAAGAAUAUUUGCCUUUUUCAAUUCUUUGUUCACAACAGGCAUGCAUGAAAAACAAAGUUUUCUUCACAAAUUCAAGGUAACGUGGGGUGAGUAAUUGAUAUACAAAUGGUCGUUUUGCUGAUAUUCUUUUAUAUAGAGUAGUAUUACUGUAUAUGGAUGUCUUACAAGACAAGAGAUGGGGCUGCCUUUAAAGGGGACAUACACCCAUUUUUGAAAUUCCUACAAGUUAUUCCAUGGUUUAAGGCAGUCCAAAUAUAUUAGUGAACAUGAACAACUCUCCCAAAUCCAGGAGCUAGAGUGCUAAAAUUAAAGCUUGUGAUGUCAUCAGAUAACAGUGUGGAGCUGCUCCAUGAACAAUGAAUGCUGAAAGAUGUUCUAGAUGACACUGACAGCACUCAGGUGAAUGUUCUUAGUAUAUGGGUACAUUUUCUGCUUCAUUACUGAGAUCACUACAAUAGGUUAAAGCUCAUUUGCUUGUAAAAAGGCAGACAAACAUUCUGUGGGUCCACAAAAUCAGUCUCCUAUUCAUUGCCGAUGGAGCAGCUCCAGACUUUAUACUUGAUGACAUCACAAGUUUGAGACUUACUUCUUUGGUUUCUGGCUUUGAGAGAGGGCAGCUCAUGUUCACAAAUAUGGAUUGAACAUUUCUACACCCUUGAAAUAAUAUAUUGGAAUUCAUAAUUUAGGUGGUCUUUCCCUUUAAGUUUUACAUUGCACUGUGUUUCUUUAAUUGUGUUGCAUUGCAGCUAAAUUGGUUGAGUCCCUUCUUAGAAAUCCUACUGUUUGGUCAAAAAUAUAGCUAUUUGAUUCGUUCCAUAUUGCCCAGUCCUAACUAGUACUAGUAUCAUAGCAUCAUGAUUUUUGCUCAUUUAUGUCAUUCACAAAAUCAUGACUUGGUCACUAACAAACAACCAAGAAACCUCCUCAAUCUCUGCUGAAUGUAUUCCUCUCUGUGAGGGCAGUAUUCUGCGCAACUGAAAAUGAGUUUUAGCGGGAAAAGCAUGUUAUUUGAUGCCUUCAAGUAAAUAAAAUGGAGUAAUGAUGCAAAUAAUAAAUGGAAGAAACUAGCACACAUCACACAGGUCACAGUUCAUGCAGCACUGACUCAUGUUAACAACAUACAACCAGCAUUAAAAUGAAUGUUUCUUAUUGAAGCUUUUAUACUCCUAGCAGAGCACUGUAGGUCAUCCACAGUGGUCCUACGUCUGACCUAGGUUUGGAAGUGUUGCGAGUUGCUUCAAGAUGCAGGGACGGGCUGCUGAGAAUCUGUAACCAAAUGUCCUUUUUGCUGCUCCGUGUUUAAAAUACAGCGGUGAUUCAACUUCCUGACAGUUCAUGAUCGAGAUGUUACUCACCAGCUGUUCUGAACACUGUGCCUGGUGAAGCUUUGCUGUAAAACAUCCAUUGCAAAUAGGAAGUGAUGCAUGCAAGACAAGAGUGGCACAUAAAAAUACUCAAACUGCAUAUAGACUUAAUACUUUUUAUUUCAGUUGUGUCUGCUAUCACCCACUGACACUGUGUAUGAUGAUCAGUCAGUCAAACCAGGUUAUCUUUGUAAUGUGGAGUGAGUAAAUAAAACUCUGAGGAUGGCUUGGCAACAAAAAUGGCAACCUUGAAUAUCGUCAAACCUGCCAAGUGUGUAUGAUAAUGUAGUUAUUAAUUCAGAGGGGCUGCAACACUAAAUAAUACUGACCAUAUUAAUGCAACAAUUGGAAAAACAAAUAGGAAUGUGAUAACUUAAGUUGCUAAAUUAUUUAAUAUGUUUAAUUAGUUACAGUAAGUGAGGACGUUUAUGAACCAGUUAAUGCACCAAUGUCAUGUUGUUUACCACUGUGCACUAAGUUGUGGAGCUGUUUAAAGGGACAGUUCACCCCAAAAUCAAAAGUACACAGUUUUCAUCUCACCUGUAGAGCUACUUAUCGGUCUAGAUUUUUUUGGUGCGAGUUGCUGAGUUUUGGAGAUAUUGGCCGUAUAGAUGUCUGCCUUCUCUCCAGUAUAAUGGAACUAGAUGGCACUUGGCUUGUGGAGCUCAAAGCACACAAAAAAUAAAUAAAUAAAUACAUUUAAAAACUCAACAGCGAUGUCUCUUUUCAGAAGUCAUGACCCAGUUACUCAAUAUAAUCCACAGACCCUGUUGUGAGCAGUUUCAUGUUGGAACUAUUUUCUUUCUACUGAAUACACUCGCUAAUCAUAUCAUAGCACAGAGGGAAGCGUGCAUCUUAUGCUAGCUCACCUAGCAUCACUGGGCUAGCUAAUAUUACAGCUCAGCCAGGGAGUACACCAUUAAUGUUUACAUUCUGUGCUGUUAUGAGCACGAGCCUCUUGUUUAUGAGUAGAUGCACACUUCCUUCUUCAUGGAGUACCAUGUAGUUCCAUGAUAUUGGAGAGAAGGCAGACAUCUCUAUAGCUAAACUAAAUUGAUAAAUAGCACUACAGGUAAGAGGAAAAAUGUGUAUUUGUGAUUUGGGGGUGAACUGUCUCUUUAAUCACAUUGCAGCAAGAUAUUUGGCAGUUGUUCCCUUAACAGUUACUAAAGCUUCGUUUGUUACAUAAGGACAAAUAAAAUGUAUCUGAUGUUAUCACUUAUCUGUCCCUUGAUGGUGGUCACUGGAAGGGAGUUUGUCACAAAACUAGACUAGAUUGUGCACAUGUAUGUUUACAAUUCUACAGCAACAGAGACUGAACUGCUUGACAAAAUGAUGUGUGCUUCAUUUGCAGCUUGGACUUCUCUGUAAAUAAAAGUUGUCUUUGCA